UACUCUUAUUUGGUUAUUUAUUUAAAAAAACAUCCCUAAAAUGAUAUACAUGAUUGCUAUUGACGACAAAUUGUUUACACUUCUUCUAAAUAGCUGUACAUUUUUGCUACCAAAGAAUGGCUACUGAGCUUUCCUCACAGCAAUGGUAUUUUGACUGUAUAAGUUUUAGAUAGAGAUAUUUUCAGCCAAUAAAAUAAAAUACAUGCUAAGUGUGAAAUUAUACUUGGAUCUUUUGGUAAGAUGUUAAAAAGACAUUAAUUAUCCCCUUUUUAUUCACGUGGGGGCAAGUAACAAACUAAAUACAAGUAUCUCAUUUAUGGCAAGAUUCAUGCAGGGGAGAAAAAACAUUCUACUCUGUUCUUUUAAUCAUGCUUGAAUCAAUUUUAUAAUUAACUAAAUAUCCCACCACACCGAUGUGGAAGGACCAGUUAUUACUUCUGCAGCCAGAAAAGCAUUAAAAUAUUCUAGGAGAUACAUAUUCAAAGUACACGCUGUAAAAGAAGAUCCUCACGUUUACAAAGACAGGUUAAUCAAUUGUCACUACUGAGGGAAAUGUGGAUCGAGCAAGACAGCCUCUGGGAAAUGCAGGAAGGGAAGGGGGCGUGGAGGGAGGAAAGGUGAAACUAGAGGCACUACUGCCUAGCCAUUGGUCAGAUUCAGAUCCGCAUCACCAUUGGUUGAACAGACCAUGUUAAUUUUUUAGCCAAUCACAAAUUACAUUAGCAGUCAUACGGACAGGAUAAAAGGACAGAAAUGGGGGCGCUAUUACGUUGCCUGGGUAGCUUUAUAACAUUGUGCGUUUGGUAGUUGUUACUAGAGAGCAGAUUACGAUGUCAGGCCGAGGAAAGCAGGGCGGUAAGGUGCGAGCUAAGGCAAAGUCUCGUUCCUCGCGGGCUGGGCUGCAGUUCCCGGUGGGCCGUGUGCACCGCCUGCUCCGUAAAGGCAAUUACGCUGAGCGGGUGGGGGCUGGAGCCCCAGUCUAUAUGGCCGCGGUGCUGGAGUAUCUGACUGCUGAAAUUCUGGAGCUAGCUGGCAACGCUGCUCGUGAUAACAAGAAAACCAGGAUCAUCCCCCGUCACCUGCAGCUCGCCAUCCGUAACGACGAGGAGCUCAACAAACUGCUUGGGAAAGUCACGAUCGCUCAAGGGGGUGUUUUGCCCAAUAUCCAGGCUGUGCUGUUGCCCAAGAAAACUGAAAGUCAUAAAGCCAAAAGCAAAUGAAACUGACCAAGAAAGGUGAACACUUCAACUUCAAUACUAACCAAAGGCUCUUUUCAGAGCCACCUACUGUCUCAUGAAAAGAGUUGCAUGUCAUCAAACAGAAGGAGUAGCCCUGUUUGUUAAAUAGAAAACUCCCCAUUUAGUAUGGGUCGUCAAAAUAAAACCCUUAAACAUUUAUUAGUGAUUCUCUUCUCCCCCUCUCCUCCAUUACUUUUCAUGAGUAAUGGAAGCCCCUUCGGGGGAGGGGAAACCAGGCAUCAAGCCUUUGUUUUUCCAGGUUCCAUAAAUAUCGAUGGGGUAAAACAGAUUAUAUAGUAAACCAACGAGAAAAAUAAAUACUAAUUCAAUAGAAAUAAGUGAUUAUGGUGAAUUCUAUGUUGAAUCCAUCCUGUUUGACUAU